UCUGUCGGAGCUGCUGUUGCUUGUGGGUUUUGGUGACUUUUCUGAGCAAUUUACAUGAAGUGUACCUUUGGUCUCGUGCGGCCACUGAUACCUCUGUUCCAUCAGCUUCAUGCUCAGCAGAUGGACAGAGAUUCUCAAAUGCCAGGAACAAAACCAAACACAAGCCAGUCUUAUCCGGUGGACUGUGUGUCGGGGCCCCUGCAGCAUCCAGCCCCCACUCAUCCCAGCCGUACCUGCAUCCCCUGCUCUUGCCGCGGAGGAGGGGCAGGCAGGCCCCCCCAGGUGCACCGGCCCCAGGCUUGUGAGUGUGCUCCUGGAAUCUGCUGGAGCUUUUCCCGGCCCUUACUCCCCAGAGCGUCUCAUUCCCCUGCCUGUUCUCCCAGGAACUGGGUCCACUCUCCUCCCUCCAGUCCCAGGCCUGGUACCCAGAAGGCAGGCUGUUGUUCUCAGGGGUGCCGCUGAGCUGGGAAGCGGGUAUGUUAAAAUGCUGAGAGCUCAUGGUUGUUACUAACAUUCAGCUGUUUUUUCUCAAGUGUCCCCUGGCUGCUGCCAGCCUUUGGUUAGUGUCCAGAGUCCCAAAAAAGUCAGUUCUGGUGGUUUUUACCAGUUUUCUCAGUGCUUUAAUGGAGGGAUGAGACUUGGAGGUCCUUCUCUGCAGCUUUCCAGUCCCUCAGAAUUUUAAGUGGAGAGCCAGGAAUAUCCCUUUUUACAGGUUCCCUUGAUAAUUCUGAUGCUGUUGGCCCACGUCCACACUUUGAGAACACUGCUGGACUGUGCCUCUCUCUCCAGAUUACUGCCUCGCUGACAUCCCAGAUUUACUCCCUGGAAAUGGGGUCUGUCCUAGCAACUGUCCUGGUCCUUUUAUGUCCCCGGGUUGGCAUGCCCUCUCUUCUUGUGUCACAGUGCAAAGACAUGUCCAGUGCCAAAGCACUGGCCCCACCAGGUCAAGAAGCAGAGGGGACCAUCCUGAGCAGCAGACUCGGGGGAGGAACGGAAUUGCCCUCAGCAGUGUGAAAAAGGACCCAUGAGUCUCUGCCAAGGACAAAGUCAUCAGUGUCACUCAUGGACCCUCUUCGAUGUGGUUCCUGAAUCAGUGACCCUGCUUCCAAACAGGUUCCUAGACGUAAAGGGAUGACCCAGCCCAGGGCAGAGGAAGGAAGGUAAAAUGAAGCUGUGGCUAAAGACAUCGCCAGACUUUAAAAAUGUCCAUACUCAGGCCAAAAAUGAUUUCGUCUCAUUAACAUAUGUUGUGAAAGGUCCUUUUAACAAGUGCUGAGUAAACCAACACAUUUCGGAAUUUCAGAUGCUGGUCUGUGCACAUGCUAUGGCAAGAUAGGGACUCAUGAAGAGGAAUGUGACUGCUUUUGUGAGUUUCUUGAACCCUGGUCUUAGAAGAAGACAAAGAAGCAGUCGUAUAAGAAGCCCAUCGGGGAUCUUAACUUUGCCCAAGCGUUCUUGAGAAGGCGGCCAACCUGACGGCCAGAGCACACAUGCUCCCCAGUUAGUGUGGGGACCCAUAUUCAACACCUCGUAAAGGGGAGCUGGGUUAGCAAUUCCCAUGCUACCAAAGAGAUUUCCCUCUUUCAUGUUUUUAAAGCAGCGAACUUAAGUCAGCUCUGGGGGCCAUAGGCCCCUUUGAGAAUCUGAGCGUCCUCUGUUAGAAAAGUGUGCGCUCACAAAAGGCUUGUGUGCGGUUUUAGAAGGCUCGUAGGUCGACCCCCUGAAGAAUUUUCGCGGACAACAAAUAGCGAGCUUCUGGUUUAGAGGAUCAAGACAGACUGAAGCACUAUGAGUUUCUCUGCAUCAGCACCUCUUAUGCCCAGGUGUACAGCAGAAUUAUCUGAACGCUUUUAAAAAGCAAAACAAAACCUUUCUUAUUACGGGCACUUAAAUGUGCACAAAAGCAGAGUGAAAGCACGAUGAGCCCUAGUGUCCCCAUCAGCUGUGACAUUCAGGUUAGUGUCUGCACGCCACCUCCAGAGAGGCCCGCCUAAUGACAGUCCAGACAUCGUUUCACAGGCAUACAGCACUACGGACCUCUGAGGGACACACACACCCCGUUUUUCACAUGAGCCAUGCUAUUUUCAUGCCUUUAAAAAUGCCUUCAAACCAUGUGCAGUGCAGGGUGUUCUCACUUACUCUCAAAUAGCUUUUUGUAGCUGGUUCCCUCAAAUCUGAAUCCAAACAGUGUCCACACACUGCAUUCCGCAGUUUGGCUGAUGCUUCUUGAGGCGCUUUUGAAUCUGUCUCAGUACCCCCUCGUUCCCCCACCACGCGCACGCACACGCACACGCACACACACACACACAAGGUAACCCCUGAUGGCUACCUUGGCCCAGUUCUCUUGAGGCAGCAUCUCCGGGCCACUUGUCCCUGGUUCAAGACCCCUGUGUGGGCCACUUCCCCCUCUCUGAGAGAGAAAGGAAGGCGGUUCCACUUAACAGGGCUCUGCAGGAAGUCUCAAGGGGUUGGCAGUUUGGAUCAUGGGCAGACGUCAGGUGUGCAGGAGAGAAGAGCCAAGCAGAUUGGCUGGACCGGCCCUUGGUUCGGCUCCGUCCCCAGGCCCAUGGGUCGUGCGCGCGGCCGUGUGUCCCGGAGCCCUCGGCUUCCCCUCCUGACCUAACGCGUGCUCCGUUCCUUUGCAGGCCCAGCCUCUUGACCCGGGCCCGGCUCCUGGGGCCAUGGCCCUGCUCCCUGGGCACGCGGAGCAGCCGGGCCCCGAGCUGCUGGGCGGCGGCGGCGGCGGGGUCCGUGCCCGGCACGUCAUCAUCAACGUGGGCGGCUGCAGGGUGCGCCUGGCCUGGGCGGCCUUGGCGCGCUGCCCCCUUGCGCGCCUCGAGCGCCUGCGGGCCUGCCGCGGCCACGACGAGCUGCUGCGCGUGUGCGACGACUACGACGUGAGCCGCGACGAGUUCUUCUUCGACCGCAGUCCCUGCGCCUUCCGCGCCAUCGUGGCGCUGCUGCGCGCCGGCAAGCUGCGGCUGCUGCGCGGCCCGUGCGCCCUCGCCUUCCGCGACGAGCUGGCCUACUGGGGCAUCGACGAGGCGCGCCUGGAGCGCUGCUGCCUGCGCCGCCUGCGCCGCCGCGAGGAGGAGGCGGCCGAGGCGCGCGCGGGGCCGGCGGAGCGCGGGCCGCCGGGGAGCCCGGACUGCGGCCUGGGGCCCGGCGGGCGGCUGGCGCGCGGCCGGCGGCGCCUGCGCGACGUGGUGGACAACCCGCACUCAGGGCUGGCCGGCAAGCUCUUCGCCUGCGUGUCGGUCGCCUUCGUGGCCGUCACGGCCGUCGGCCUCUGCCUCAGCACCAUGCCGGACAUCCGCGCGGAGGAGGAGCGGGGCGAGUGCUCCCCCAAGUGCCGCAACCUGUUCGUGCUGGAGACGGUGUGCGUGGCCUGGUUCUCUUUCGAGUUCCUGCUGCGCUCGCUGCAGGCAGAGAGCAAGUGCGCCUUCCUGCGGACGCCACUCAACAUCAUCGACAUCGUCGCCAUCCUGCCCUUCUACGUGUCGCUGCUCGUGGGCCUGGCGGCGCGGCCGGGCGCGGGCGGCAACAAGCUGUUGGAGCGCGCGGGGCUGGUGCUGCGGCUGCUGCGCGCGCUGCGCGUGCUCUACGUCAUGCGCCUGGCGCGCCACUCGCUGGGGCUGCGCUCGCUCGGCCUGACGGUGCGGCGCUGCGCGCGCGAGUUCGGGCUGCUGCUGCUCUUCCUCUGCGUGGCCAUGGCGCUCUUCGCGCCGCUCGUGCACCUGGCCGAGCGCGAGCUGGGCGCGCGCCGCGAUUUCUCCAGCGUGCCGGCCAGCUACUGGUGGGCCGUCAUCUCCAUGACCACCGUGGGGUACGGCGACAUGGUGCCGCGCAGCCUGCCCGGCCAGGUGGUGGCGCUCAGCAGCAUCCUCAGCGGCAUCCUGCUCAUGGCCUUCCCCGUCACCUCCAUCUUCCACACCUUCUCGCGCUCCUACUCGGAGCUCAAGGAGCAGCAGCAGCGCGCCGCCAGCCCCGAGCCGGUCCUGCGUGAGGACAGCACGCGCUCUGCCUCCGCCUCCGCAACGGAGGACAGCUCGCAGGGCCCCGACGGUGCCGGACCGGCUGGGGACUCCUCGGACGGGCUGUGGCCGCGGGCAGGGCCGGCCUGACCCCGGGGAGCCGCCCGGCUGUGACUCGGCGUGGACUCGGCGUGGACUCGGCUGAGGACUCGGCUCCUCGCAAGCUUUAGAAACAGCACCACGGUGCUCGCCUCCCCCGCGCGCGGAGGGGCCGGGGGCGACCGCGGGGGCCCAGCUUCUGUGGCCGCGCGUCCGGUCCACGUGCAUGCUGCUCGACCCGCGCUGCGCGGCACUCGGCCCAGGGCCGACCCCAGCCUGACUCGGGGGCCAGAGCCAUCCUGUGCUUUGAGUAAAGAGUCUAAGUCCUG